AUGGCAGUAAGCAACUACACAACUGUGGUAGAGUUUGUCCUGCAGGGACUCUCUGGGGAUCCUGAGCUUGAGGCUCUCUUCUUGGUCUUUUUCUUGCUUCUUUACAUCCUGGCUCUUGCAGGAAACACCCUCAUCAUCAUAGCUAUCAGCCUCAACCCAAGUCUUCACAUUCCCAUGUAUUUCUUCCUUGCAAACCUGGCUCUGUUGGACAUUGUCUGUACAUCCACUGUUCUUCCCAAGCUGCUGGAGGGUCUAGUGCUUAAGAGCAGCCACAUCUCUUACAAGGGAUGCAUGACCCAACUCUUCUUCAUGACCUGGUUUCUAGGGUCUGAGCUUGUGUUACUCACUGCCAUGGCCUAUGACCGCUAUGUGGCCAUCUGCCGCCCACUACACUACAGCAUGCUGAUGAGCUGGCCCAUCUGUGUCCUGCUCACAGGUAUUGUGUGGCUUAUUGGCAUAGCCAACACAUCUCUGCACACUGGCCUGAUGGCACGACUCAAUUUCUGUGGCCCCAACCAAAUUGGUAACUUUUUAUGUGAAGUUCCAACACUGUUGCUUCUGUCUUGCAGCCCAACCAUACUCAACAACAUCAUGAUUGUCAUCGCAGAUACUUAUUUUGGUGUGGCCAACUUUCUGUUGAUUAUGAUAUCCUACAGCUUCAUCAUUGCUAAUAUCCUGCGCAUCCGCUCCACAGAGGGCAAGAAGCGCGCCUUCUCCACCUGCUCUGCCCACCUGGUGGUGGUCAUCCUAUACUACUGCACUGUCAUCUACACCUAUUUGCAGCCUGGUUCUGGAUCCUCCUUGGAGAAUGGCAAGGUGGUUACCUUAUUGUACACAGCAGUCAGCCCUGCCCUGAAUCCCCUCAUUUAUUCUCUGAGGAACAAGGAUGUCAAAGUAGCCCUCAGAAAGUUGUUUCUCUGUUUGCAUUGA